GUUGGCGAGGAGCUUCGGACGGCUGCGACGCCGCCGGCCCGGCUUCUCGGAGCGCAGCCGGAUGCCCAGCGCCGCUGACAUGGAGCCCACGCCGGAGCCCGAGCUGGUCACGCUCCUGGUGAAAAGCCCCAACCAGCGCCACCGCGACUUGGAGCUGAGCGGAGACCGCAGCUGGACCGUGGGCUAUCUCAAGGACCACCUGAGCCGCGUCUACCCCGAGCGCCCGCGCCCAGAGGACCAGAGGUUAAUUUAUUCUGGGAAGCUGCUGUUGGAUCACCAGUGUCUCCAGGACUUGCUUCCAAAGCAGGAAAAACGACAUGUUUUGCAUCUGGUGUGCAAUGUGAAGAGUCCUCCCAAAAUGCCAGAAACCAGCACAAGGAGUGCUGAAUCCACAGAGCAGCCUGAUGGCCCUAAUCAGGGACAGUACCUUGGGGAUUCCUCAAGUGAUGGUUUAAGGCAAAGAGAAGUUCUUUGGAACCUUUCUCCCUCUGGAUGGGAGAAUAUCUCAAGGACUGAAGCUGUCCAGCAGGCUUUCCAAGGCCUGGCACCUGGCUUCUCUGGUUAUACAACCUACGGGUGGCUGCAGCUCUCCUGGUUCCAGCAGAUCUACGCGAGGCAGUACUACAUGCAAUAUCUGGCUGCCACAGCUGCCUCAGGAGCCUUUGUCCCAGCACCAAGUCCACAAGAGAUACCUGUGGUCCCUGCACCUGCUCCAGCCCCUAUUCACAACCAGUUUCCAGCAGAAAACCAGCCAGCCAAUCAGAAUGCAGCUCCCCAAGUGGUUGUUAAUCCUGGAGCCAAUCAGAACUUGCGAAUGAAUGCACAAGGUGGCCCUCUUGUGGAAGAAGAUGAUGAGAUAAACCGAGACUGGUUGGACUGGACCUAUUCAGCAGCUACAUUUUCCGUUUUUCUCAGCGUCCUCUACUUCUACUCCUCUCUGAGCAGAUUCCUCAUGGUCAUGGGCGCCACUGUGGUUAUGUACCUGCAUCACGUUGGGUGGUUUCCGUUUAGACAGAGACCAGUUCAGAACUUCCCGGAUGAUGGUCCUACUCAGGAAGCUGCGAAUCAGGACCCCAACAAUAACCUACAGGAAGACGCCGAUCCUGAUACUGAAGACCCCAACCGCCUUCCCCCAGACCGCGAAGUGCCGGACGCCGAGCAGACCAGCCCCUCAUUCAUGAGCACAGCAUGGCUAGUCUUCAAGACUUUCUUUGCCUCUCUUCUUCCGGAAGGCCCUCCAGCUAUAGCAAACUGAUGACACACUUGUGCUCUGUUGCUGGAGGCUUUGACUGGCAUGGACUGCAUCAUCUGGCUCCAGCUGGUUUUCCUCACCUAGAGUGACUCAACAUCAUCUAAAACCCACCAGGAUGAAUAUAUGCUUUUGUGACCAGCAAAAGCACAAAGACAUGAAGCCUUGAUACAAAUUGAUGAACCAAAACUGACCAGGGCUUCUCAUGUCUUUAUUCUGAAGAGCUUUAAUAUAUACUGUAUGUAGUCUCAUAGGCACUGCAAGUAGGAGGCUUAGGUGUCGCAUGUUUAUGCCUGAGGACCCUCCCCAGGUGUGUGUGUGUGUGUGAGUGUGUGCGCGUGCAUGUGUGUUGUAUAUAGAAGUCAUAGAUGCAGAAAUGUUUCUGCUGGUACGAUUUGAUUCCUGUUGGAAUGUUUAAAUUACACUAAGUGUACUACUUUAUAUAAUCAAUGAAUUGCUAGACAUGUUAGCAGGAAUUUUCUAGGAGAGACUUACGUAUACUUGCUUUUUAAAAUGCAGUGCUUUCAACUGAGGGCAACUUGGCAGAGGCAAAGCCUUUGCUAGGUUUUCUGUUCAAUAAAGUUUUGCUAUGAA